AUGGCGGAACGCCCUCACGGGUGGGGCACGCCCACGAAGGAGUCCACGGAGUUCUCGUCCACGGAGUCCUCGGAGUCGUGGCCACACCGGGAGCGACGGCAGUGUCCGGACCCCGGUGAGGCGGCGGCGGAGCUCGGACGCGGCCCCGGCGCAGGUCACUGUGAACGGACAGGGCAGGACUUUGCUGGCAUCGCCUUCCUGAGCCUGAGUGUCCCACAGGGCCCAGCCGUGUCCUCUCAUCAUGGCACGAGGCUCCCAGGGCAUCUCGCCCUGGCAGUGGUUCUGCUCCUGCUCCUGGCUUUGGUGGUGGCCGUGGCUGUACUGGCAGUGAGAAGACUUGGAGAGAUUCCAGUCACACCCGGGAUUCCAGAGUUCCUGGCCUGUCCCGAGGCCUGGGUCGGGUACAACAGGGUCUGUUACUACCUCUCGAGGGAUGAGGGGACCUGGGAGCAGGCUCAGGAUCGGUGCUCCGAGCUCGGGGCCUCCCUGGCCGUGCUCAGCGACAAGGAGAUGGGCUUCCUGUUCCGCCUCAAUGACAACCUGGAUUACUGGCUCGGGCUGCGGAGACGGGGCGAGAGGUUUCAGUGGGUGGACGGCAGCAGCUACAACUCCUUGGUCCCCAUCCUGGGUGACUCAGAGUGUGUGUACCUGGGCCACCGGCGCUUCAGGAGCGGGGUCUGCUCGGCUCAGCGGCCUUACCUCUGCAACAGACCCCAGGAUCACCUGGAAUAAACGGUGGGAAGGGGACCUUCUCCAUCCUGAAGACUCAACAGCUUUGCAUCUUCUCUCAGCACACCUCAGCUCUCCACCUGCCUUGCAGUUAUUUAUCAGCAUCACCUCAGAGUUUGGUGCCACGGAUACCUCAGUGCAACCCCUCAGGGUCACCUCAGUGCCUGGGCUGAAGGAGAUGAGCCUGCAGGGAGGGGACAUGAUGUGGAAGCUGCUGUGUGGCUGCCUGGACUGGGGACUCUGGGUUUCUUUGUCCUUCUAGAACCAUCCCAGAACUCAUCCUGCUUCUCUAACAGUCCACAGUUGUACCCUAACCCUAACAUUUCAGCCUCACCCCCUAAAAACCUCAAUCAGAGGCUUUUUGAGUUAAUUUAAUAAAUUAAUUUGAUUAAUUUAAUAA